AUGGCAAAAGAAAAGACUACAAAAAAAUCCACUACCACUAAAAAACUUACACCAUACAAUAAAUUUAUGAAAACUGAACUCCCUAAAGUUAAAGCUGAAAACCCAGAUUUACCACAUAAAGAUGCCUUUAAAUUAGUUGCUGAACGAUGGAAAAAUUCAACUGAAAAUCCUAAAAAUGCAUCAACUAUAUUGAAGCCUUUAUCUAAAACAAAAUUAAACAAUAUUCAAAAUUUACGUCAAUUUACUAUCAAGUUGGAACAAGAUGGUGCCGGAACUUCUGUUGUCUUUGAUCAAAACUCUGAAGGUCCUAUAGUUAAAAAUCAUUGGCAACCAUAUGGAGAUAAUGAUACAUGUUCAAUUUCCAACUGUAGAAAAUCAUUGAAUAUUUUAAGUGGUAAAAAUAAUUGUCGAAAUAAACAAGCACAACAUGAUCCUAUUAAUGGAACUUUCUUUCGUGUGUGUGAUGAUUGUUUUGUAUCAAGAGAGGGUUAUUUUGAUAAUGAAGGUGUUAUGAGAGGUCAUACUGAAGAAUUUAAUAAACAUCGUACUAAAAUAAUCGAAAGAGCUCAUUUGGAAGAAAACCGAUUAGAAAAACGAUUAGAGAAGUUGACAAAAUUAUAUGCAUCGCAAAAUAAAAAUUCUAUUACAGCAAAAGGUGUUUUGAAAAAUUCUAUAAUAAUUUCAAAUAAAAAUCAACGCAGAUUGUCUGAACAAUCUGUUGUCAAAUGGGAAGAUGACGCGUCAGUGGCUAAUUGUCCACUCUGUGGGUAUGUGGUUAAUUUCUUUAUUUUGAUGAUUUUAUAUUAUUCACCAGAACAAAUUUCUGUUGGUGAAGUUAGAGUUUGUAAAAAAUGUCGUUCAGCAGUAUUUAGACGAAAAGAAUAUAAUGAAGAAAUUUCAAAGACUCCUCCUGUGAUAAUGCUUUAUCAGGACAUGAUAGUCAUGUUAAAGAGCCAAGAAAUAGUUAAUCAAACACACGCUGAUUAUCAAGUCGCAGCAAAAACACGUAAAGAAUUACUGGAUAAUUUUGCUCAAUUUGACGCGAUCAGCAAAGAAAUUAAAACCUUAACACCAAAAUCUGAAUCUGUAAAACGUUUACAAUUAAAUAUUCAUUUGGCUGCAAGUCAAUAUCUUCACCAAAAUAUGUUAACACUUUCUGUAUUACCCCAAAUGUUUAAAAGAAAGAGUAAUAGCAGUAAGGGAAAUGGGAAUUCUGAAGACGAUGAAUCGUCGUCUGUUUUUUCAGUAUUUUCUGCUAAUAACGGUGUUGAUGGCAGAACUCGUUCGUUUUCUAAUUCAUCAGUUAAAAAAGUAGGAGAAAAAUUAGAUGAACAAUUGGAAGUUUUACAACAACAAGAAAAAUUGGUUCUAGGUUAUAUUCAAGAUGCAACCAGGAGGCGCAAAAUUGAUGAUGUUAAAACUUUAAAAGCGUCAUUGGAUGAAUUGAAAGCUGAAAUUAAUAGAAAGAAAGCUGAACUUAGCGGUGAAUUAUAUAUGGACUUGAAACAAUAA